GUGACACAGCGGCGGCGGCACCGGCAGUGACCCGAACCGGAUUUGAUUCCACUCGCGGUCAUCGCCGGCCACAGCCGCUGUCCCUCGAGUCCCGCCGCCCCAGCGCUGCCGCUGCCACCGCCAUGGCGCUCAGCGAUGCCGACGUCCAGAAGCAGAUCAAGCAUAUGAUGGCUUUCAUUGAGCAGGAAGCUAAUGAAAAGGCUGAAGAAAUAGAUGCAAAGGCAGAAGAAGAAUUCAACAUUGAGAAGGGUCGCCUUGUUCAGACACAGAGGCUGAAAAUCAUGGAGUAUUAUGAGAAGAAGGAGAAACAAAUUGAACAGCAAAAGAAAAUUCAGAUGUCCAACCUCAUGAAUCAAGCAAGACUGAAGGUCCUGAAGGCAAGGGAUGACCUUAUUGCAGAUCUGCUGAAUGAGGCCAAGCAGAGACUUGCCAAGGUGGUGAAGGAUACUGCCAGGUACCAGGCACUGCUGGACGGACUAGUUCUACAGGGAUUCUACCAGCUGCUUGAGCCCAGAAUAGCCGUUCGUUGCAGGAAACAGGAUCUCCCUAUGGUUAAGGCUGCUGUACAGAAGAGCAUUCCUAUCUACAAAAAUGCCACGAAAAGGGAUGUGGAUGUUCACGUUGACCAGGACAACUUCCUGCCAGAGGACAUUGCUGGAGGUGUUGAAAUCUAUAACGGUGAUGGUAAAAUCAAGGUUUCCAAUACCCUGGAAAGUCGGCUGGACCUUGUAGCCCAGCAGAUGAUGCCAGAAAUCAGAGUGGCUCUCUUUGGUGCUAAUGUCAACAGGAAGUUUUUGGACUAAAUCUCUCUGAGAGAAGCGAUGACUAGUAUUGUCUCCACCUUCCAUGGUGUUGGACAGAAAAAUUUUUGAGGUGCCAUUCCACACUACUACAAGGCUCUGCCAGAAUACCAGCAUACUUGUCUCUUCACCUGGUGCUCAGUUCUGAAACUUGUUUCAUGGAGAUUAGAAACUGCUCAAACAAAUUGCUGCUAGAAUGUGUUUUGGAAUCAUCUUCUCUAAGUACUGCAGUGAUUCAGGAGUGGUAGGAAGCUUACCUUGUGCUGUGAACAAUGCUUGUCAAGCUGCAGCAACACUGGUUUAUGCAGUGUUUUUAACCUGAGGCCCUUUCUUCUCAAGUUGAGGUGCAUGCCCUCAUGUGAAGUAGUCACUAAAUGCUAGACAGGGCUUUUGCUGCCCCAUUCCUCUAAAAUGGAGAUUGACUACUAGGAUAAAUCCUGAAUCCAAACAUAGUUUUGAUUUCCUCUUGCAAAAUGAGAGUCUUUAGCAAGGCUGGGUUUUUGUUUUACUAGUCCUCACCAUUGCGUUUAAUUACCAGUUCCUAUUUUCCUAACAGAAGGUUUUUGGUAUUUACUCUUUUGGUGCUUUGCUUUUCGAUACACAGUUCUAUGACUGGGC